AAAUUAGCAUAGCUUUAGGGCAAAGGGAAUGGGGCUGCUCACGAUCAUCCGCAAGGUGAAGCGCAAGGAGAAGGAAAUGCGCAUUCUCAUGGUAGGGUUGGACAAUGCGGGAAAGACGACGAUCGUCAAGAGAAUGAAUGGGGAGGACAUUAGCGACAUCAGUCCCACGCUUGGGUUCAACAUAAAAACGAUGCGAUACGGCAAGUAUAGGCUAAACAUUUGGGAUGUUGGUGGCCAAAAAACUCUGAGAUCGUACUGGAGGAAUUACUACGAGCAAACGGAUGGUCUGGUGUGGGUGGUCGACAGUGCUGAUUUGCGUCGCCUCGACGACUGCAAGAAGGAGCUACACAACCUUCUCAAAGAGGAGCGUCUUGCCGGAGCAUCACUGCUGAUACUGGCCAACAAGCAGGACAUAGACGGCGCUCUGGAUCUCGAUGAAAUCUCAAAGGUCCUGCGGCUUGAUUUAAUGGACAAAAGCAGGCAUUCUCGCACUGUUGGAUGCAGUGCUGUUACUGGGGACGGAUUACUGGAAGCGUUCGACUGGUUAGUCUCAGAUAUAGGAUCCCGUAUUUAUCUUCUGGACUAGCUGGCCAUUCCUCUGGAUGCUUGCACGAAGAAGAUCGUUUGAAGUGAAGAGGCUUAAGAAUCUAUCGACUUCUGCGGCCUUUGUUUCUAAUGAAGCGGUAUUCAAGCA